UAGUGGUGAAACACUGACGCGGACAGCACGAGGGAAGUUAGGUUUGAACAGAGUGAAGAAACCGAGGAAUGGCUCCUGCUAUUGCCGUCGUCAACCGUGAUCUCGCCGCCGGAGCGCCGGCGAACGCUCCAGCGACUGGUCGCGCCUCGGUGUAUAGCGAGGUUCAGUCGUGCCGCAUCAACCAUGCGCUUCCUCUGCCUUCUGUGCUCAGAGAUCCUUUCAAAAUCGUCGAUGGGCCACCUAGCUCCGCCGCGGGAAAUCCAGAUGAGAUAGCGAAGUUGUUUCCUUGCCUUUUUGGUCAACCAUCUGUAUCCCUGGUUUCGGAUCAGAAUGCUUUGUCAGGUCAGAAACUGAAGAUAGGUGUUGUUUUGUCUGGAGGUCAGGCACCCGGCGGGCACAAUGUCAUUUCUGGACUGUUCGAUUACUUGCAGGACCGUGCCAAUGGGAGCACAUUGUAUGGAUUCAGGGGUGGUCCGGCUGGUAUUAUGAAAUGCAAAUAUGUUGAGUUAACUUCAGACUAUAUCUAUCCUUACAGGAACCAGGGUGGUUUUGACAUGAUAUGCAGUGGGAGAGACAAGAUUGAAACCCCUGAACAGUUCAAGCAAGCCGAAGAAACAGCUAACAAGCUGGAUUUGGAUGGAUUAGUUGUCAUUGGCGGAGAUGACUCCAACACCAAUGCUUGCCUCCUUGCUGAAAACUUCAGGAGUAAGAACAUGAAAACCCGAGUCAUCGGGUGCCCCAAGACAAUUGAUGGUGAUUUGAAAAGCAAAGAGGUUCCUACAAGUUUUGGAUUUGACACAGCUUGUAAGAUAUAUUCCGAAAUGAUUGGAAAUGUAAUGAUUGACGCGAGAUCAACAGGAAAAUACUAUCACUUCGUUAGACUUAUGGGCCGUGCUGCUUCUCACAUUACACUUGAAUGCGCAUUACAAACUCACCCAAACAUUACCGUAAUCGGAGAAGAGGUUUACUCCCAGAAGCAGACAUUGAAAGAUGUUACGGAUUACAUUGUAAAUGUCAUCUGCAAACGUGCAGAACUUGGUUACAAUUAUGGUGUCAUAUUGAUUCCGGAAGGUUUAAUCGAUUUUAUUCCUGAGGUCCAGGAGCUGAUUGCUGAAUUGAAUGAAAUUCUAGCUCAUGAGGUUGUUGAUGAAAAUGGACUGUGGAAGAAGAAACUGACCGAGCAAUCCCUCAAGCUGUUUGAGUUUUUACCUGAGACGAUUCAGGAACAGUUGAUGCUCGAGAGAGAUCCACAUGGAAAUGUCCAGGUGGCGAAGAUAGAGACCGAGAAGAUGCUUAUUGAAAUGGUUGAAACUGAAUUAGAGAAGAGAAGGCAAAAGGGUACAUACAAAGGGCAAUUCAUGGGGCAAUCCCACUUCUUCGGGUACGAAGGAAGGUGCGGUUUGCCUACGAAUUUCGAUGCCACCUACUGCUAUGCCCUUGGUUACGCAGCAGGAGCGCUCCUCCACAGUGGGAAAACUGGUUUAAUUUCAUCGGUCGGGAACUUGGCAGCUCCUGUGGCGGAAUGGACCGUCGGUGGCACUGCUCUUACUGCCUUGAUGGAUGUGGAGAGGAGGCACGGUAAGUUCAAGCCCGUGAUCAAGAAAGCGAUGGUGGAACUCCAAGGUGCACCGUUCAAGAAAUUCGCAGCGGAACGGGAAGAAUGGGCAUUGAAGAAUCGUUACAUCAGUCCCGGUCCGAUACAGUUCAAGGGCCCUGGCUCAGACGCCAUCAACCACACUCUUCUUCUCGAACUCGGAGCUCAGUAAUAAAAACCCUUCCUUUUCUACAAAUGUGCCCUUUCCUCACCAUUGGAUUGCUUCACUGCAAAAAUAAUUCUCUGCCUUUGUUAUUUUCGCCGUUUGGUUUUGGCUUUUGUUAUGUUUACUUGUAUUCUUGAGAAACAUCAAUAUAUCAGGAUUCAGGAGUCUUGAGCCUUUUUUUUCC